CGGGUUGCCAUGGCGCUGCCCCCCGGCCCAGCCUCCCCCCGCCCGCCGGUGUGUGUUUACAUCGGGCAGGAGGAGCCGGAGCCCCAGCGCCGGGGGAGACGGGCACGCAGCCGCCGGCCGUCCGCCCUCCCUCCAUCCCCGCCGGGCGGUGCUCCGGGAGACGCGGCAUGAAGGGCCCUAGCUUAGAAACACAGAUGGUGGAUGAUGAAACUGAGUCUACAAGUGAAGAAUUGCCUCCUCAUCUGCGGGAAGAGCCUCCCGAAGAUGCCAGCAAGGACCACCCACAGCAGCAGGCAGGAGUCAUCUGGAGAGUGACAGGUGGCCUAUUCAGUAUCACCCGGGGAGCUGUGGGGGCCACACUGGGAGGAGUUGCCUGGGUGGGCAGCAAGAGUCUGGAGCUCACCAAAACAGCUGUGACCAGUGUCCCCGCUGCUGGCGUUGGACUGGUGAAGGGCAGCGUCUCAGCAGUGACCGGCGGCGUCGGAGCUGUGGGCAGCGCGGUCGCCAGCAAAGUCCCUUUCACGGCAAAGAAGAAGGACAAGGCUGACUAAUCCCUGUCACGGCUCCCUUCCAAAAGAUCAACCUGCCCAUUCUGUCCCCCUACCCAGCACCUCUUUGAGUUGGAACCAGCCGCUUCAGGGAGGGUCGAGCACCCAAGCAGACUCUGGCUGCAGCCUGCUCAGCACCGCCUGCCUAGCUCAGAGCUCACAGAGCCACUGUCAAUGCCUUUCACUCCCGUCACCUACUGGGAACCAUCUUUACUCUGAGGACUUUAACGGCGCGGUUGUCUCUGUCUUGUAGUUUCCUUUUUCCCUUCUUGUUCUUGUAAGCAUGGAGGGAUGGGAGAAGGCAUCAGGCUCCAUCUGCCUGGAGGGGAAGGUAGUAACAGGGGAUGGGGGGAACUAUGCCUAGCUUGAAGUGUGGGUUGUGUAGUCAAAUUCAACUUCAGCUGGGAAGACAGCCUCUGAAACACCCCUUCCCACUGGAAGGUGUGUUUGGGAGGUGUGCCUGGCAGAGAACUGCAGAAGUCCCAUCGACACAAAGGAGAGAUACUGUGAAGAGGGGGAAGCCUCCCUCCUGCCCUGCACCUCUUACCUUUUCUUUGCAGGGCCCAUCCCCACAAGCUGCUCCCCGUCACUCUCUGGCUGAAUUGAACCCUUCAGAGAGGCAACCCUCAAGCUCAGCAGAGCAGCUCUGGGGUGAUGCCACACCAGAGCAUGAUACAUCCCAGACCAUCAACUUCUGCACAGAUUUUCUCGGUGAGAGGGAGGAAUAUAAAAGCUGCUGUAUGUUCCCAUUUGGGGAAGGAGCUGACAGUGGCACUUGCUAGGCCUCUUUGAUAUUGCAGUACAGGCAGUGAUGUUCCACAGAGAGACCAGGCCUUUUGUUUGACCCUUGAAGUCCUUCCAGUAUCCCACUCUGUCACAAGGGUGUUUUGUCUCUCGGCCACACUCACACUCCACAAACGUCACUAGUAACCAGGAUCAAGUGUGUUCCCAAAUGCCAUCCAAAUUCUGCUGCAGGAAUGGAGGGGAAGCUGAGAGUCUUGCUCUCCUCACCACUCAGCACCCUCCCUGGGAGCGGGGGCCUGGGUGUGAGUGGGCUGCACUGUGUUGGAGAACACUUCCCAAGGGGCUGAGCGUGCUCCGACAGCAGUUAGCCUGCACAGAGCACCAGCAACUCCUCUUCUGCACGCUGCUCCUGCGGCCCCAGCCCGGCUCCUCUAAAGGACCAUGUUGCACUAAAUAGCCCACCUGUAGUCGUAGUGCUGCAGAAACCCAGACACCUGCAUCCAUCUGGGAGUCACAGCCAUCCUCACCCUGGCCCGUGACGCCCAAGGGGCCGUGUGGCAUUGUACCCACACAUACAAACACAAACGUGCACUCACUCACUCACUCACUCCCUCCAAGGUCCCCUGUAAUUCUUGGGAUGAGGAAAGCCCCAGGCUUCACCAUUAACUCUGCUGCUCCUGGCUUUGGCAGGUGAUUUGCCUUGGUCUGUAAGUGUUGGAUGCAUAGGCAAGUGAAGCAGUGCUUGUGCUGUAUUUUAUAAACAUGCAUCUGUUUUAACGUGCGUGUGUACGUGUAAGUCCACAGGCAUGUCUUCAGCCAGGGAAACAAACCUGUGCCACUGCCACAGAGCAGUUCACACAGUCAUCUUUGGCACUUUCAGCAUAUAGUUUUUAUAUAGGGUCCUAGUCAAAAGAAAAAUCAUGUUUUAGAGGAUGUUUUGCCCUCUGUUGCCCAAGAGCAUAGUUUAUUGAAACCAAAGGAAUGUGAAAAAUCCCCUUUCUCCUGUCUGUGCUGUUUAUUUUCUCUCAGCCCUAUCUUUUGGACGUUGAAGCCAACUUUCUUGAUCUUCAUUUCCCCUUGGAGGUCGUUGCACUUCCUGACUGCUCUCUUGUGCUUAGGACUUAGACAUCAGGGAAUAUUUAAGUACAACACCCACACACCCCCGCUACCAUUUUUGCUGAAUGUUCUUGAGCUUGUGAUGCAGUUUUCCUUCUGACCUUUAUUAAAUCCACAUUUUGGGAUGUAUGUUGCUGUGUCCCCCUGAUAAUCAUGCUGGUGUUAGUCACUCUCCAUACCCUUUGCUAGGUAGCCCCUGCUGUUUGCAGUGGUAAGAAGCUGCUGAUCUCCACAGUUUGCUAUUCUUGAUAGCAUGAGAAAAGUUUAACUUACAUUUUUGUUUCUGAAGAGGAAUCAGCAUUUGGUAGGUGUGUGCAUUUCCUCACUUCGUGUCCUUUGUUCAGGUGGAGGCCAAGUUGACCCUGACAUGCCGGUUUUGUCUCUGAAGGCAGUGGCUUCACAGAAAGAUCAGGCCUUGAUGUGUGCCUGUACUUUGCUGGGAUGCUCGUGGCAGUUGUCAAGGCCAGAAGAAGUCCUGUCUGUUCUCCCUUUGUCUCAAACGCCCUGCAAAGCUGGAGGACAGUUUGCACUGCAUGGAUCUCUGCUCACUGCUCUCCCUGUGCACAACUCGUCUCUUAUUCCAGAUCACAGACUGCCUCUGAAGUGAGCUCUAGCCCCAAAGCUGAAAGCUGCUUGUGUGUAACUAGCUGCAUUGUCACCAACCCUCUGAGAAAGAUAGCUUCUGGCCAAUUGGGACAGAAGAGUCUUCUUCCUAAAUGUAUCUCCUAGGUCUUGGACAGAAGAAGAUAGAAUCUAAGAACCUUCAGCAGCCAGCCCUGAGUGGGUGGUGGGAGGCUGAUUGUGCUUUUAGCUAAAUAGUCUCACACAGGCUCUUGCUGGGGGAGGCAGUACAUCCUGCCCAAGCUGUUGUCUGCAGGCCCUGUGUGUACACAGCAGGCAUGGCAAAUGGGAUAAAAGUGAUGUAAGGAAGGACACUGGGGCCCUGAGGGUUUCCCAUAUUUUUAUUUCUUCUCUUCUGUGCAUCCUUGCGGGAAAUAGAGUAAAGCCUAUCAUUUGUCUAGAACUGCCGUUGCCUUGCAGGAUGGCCUGGAGAAGGAGAGAUGAGCUGGAGAGGAGAACUCACAGCCUAAAUCUCUGUUCUUACAGCCCAGCUAAAGGACAGCUCAGGGACCAUGAGUAGCAAGAGAUCAAAUCAGCAGGCAGGGGUAGAAGAUGAAAUCUACUCUGAAAACAAGGCCUCACACUGCUAAACAGGCAUUCAGGAAUAAGAGAGCUCUGCAGGACUCAAAGGCUUUAAGAAAGUCUGUGCUAGGCCUGCUCAGUUCACCAUGGUGACCCAGUCCCAGCCUGCUUUUCUGGGCAUUUACAGUGCCAGAGCAGAUGAAAAACAGGAUCAGUCUUCCCAGUCUAAAAGUAAAGAUGUCUUCUGACAGCUUCGGUUGCAGGACAGUGGGAUCUGGAUUGGAUGGGAAAGCUGGACAGUGGGAUCUGGAUUGGAUGGGAAAGCUGUUGGCUCUUGUCAGAUGCCCUCUCUUUCCUCCUCCAGCCACCUGGGCCACCAGUGCAGCCCUUCUCUCACUGCCCGUUCAUGGUACGAAGGGCAAAAACUCUGUUGUGCAUAAAUCCCAUGGCUACUGGAUGGGGUAGCUUGGUACAAAAUAGGAGGGGGUGGCAUCGGGGUAGAGGGAAGGACUAAAGGGAGUUGAUACACAGAAGAUGAGGAGAGAGUGGUGUGACAAGAGGAGUUGAGGAGCGAGGGAACAAGAAAACGACCAUGGAAAGAAUUUGUUUCUUAGGACAGGCUUUGAAUCAGAAGAUGAGUGCAAUGGAGUUUGUCCUAGGGAAGAGUACAAAAAGGGGAGUGGGUCAAUGUGGGUUAUGGUGUGUGGUGGUGGUACAUGCCUGGCUCGUGCCCUGUUUCCAUAGUAAUGAUGAUUGCUAGCAAUUUCCAUUUAGGUAGAUCAGUGAAUGGUUGAAGCAUCAGAUCUGCUCCCUUCUUAUCACCCACCCUUCCCAAAUCUCCCCCAGGCUUUUUGUCAUGAUCUCCUCAUGAUGGGGCUGGGUCUCCCCCAUGGUGGAGGUGGGAUGUGGCCGUGUUCACAGCCCUGUCUCCCACCUUGCCUGGAUGUUCCCUGUGCCUGAUGAACGUGUCCUGGCUGAAAGGAAACCCACAGGUGCAUCCUCUCCUCCCUUUUCCCUGACCUUAGUCUCAUUAUCCUUUACUUUUUUAUCCCUCCCUUAGCUUUCAGUCUUGCCCGUGGAUAGAGCUCCCCAAAGCUUUUGCUGAGACCUUCAUUAAACAUCCACACUCACAGUGUCUGGGAAGGCAGAGGGUGAUUGCCCCCGCAGCUCCCCUGGCUGGGAGAGAAGUGCAUGUCUUCCACCCCUCUCUGUCCCCUUGUGUUUUGUGUGUGGAAAAUCUUAACCCACUUCUUUUUCUCUGGGUUCCCUUGUUGGCUCUUAUCCCUGUGGGUGGGUCAUUUCCGUGUCUCCAUUGCAAAGUCAUCCUUGUAAAAACAACAGCGUGAGUGGGAAUAUGGAGAUGGUUAGAGAGAGCCGCAGAGCCAGGGCCCAGCUCUGCUUCUGUAGGAGCUGAGGAGGCCUUUGGCAACCCAAAACUGUGGCCACGCGGUCCUGUGCACAGUGCUGGGCUCCAGAGAACACUUUUGUUCUUUAUCAUUUCAUUGUCUGUAAUUGGUUUCCUACUGAAUUUGUUUGCUUGGUUUGUUUUGCAGUGUGUUUCUGGGAAUAUUCUGCAUCUCUGUAUUUUAAUUACAGUAAAAUUUGAGGAUAAAAACCA